GCGAGUGGGCCAAAUACUUUGAUUUCCAACGCGAAAGAGAAGCAAAUCCCCAUCACCUCCCUAACCAGUAACUCGUAAGUCGCAAUCCACUUCUAUUUUGUUUCCUCUCAAAAUUACCCUCCCAAUUUCCCUUUUUUACGUUUCUGUUAAUUUUUGCCCUUAUAGGUUUUCAGUCCUUCUCCAUUAUCGAUUUCAGACACAAAUCAGAACCUUCAUUUUAAGUGCUUUUUCGUUUUUCUCUUUUACCGCGAUCAAAAUUAGAAUUUAACCGCCUCCCAGAGUCGUAUAUCAUAAUUUAAGUGCUUUUGGAAAAUUGAGCUAUCCACAGAUCGCAUGCGCUCAAUUGUGAUCGGAGCCGCAGAGAUCUCUCUGUAAUCCUCUCGAUCGGAGUCCCUCCGGCUCUUCCUCCUGCCUAGUUUUCUUCGAGGAUUCGAUCUUUCGUCCGUGAAUAAAUCCGAAAUUGGAGGAAUUGGAAGCUAACAAGUACCUGAAGCUGAAUAAAUGUCAUAUCAAGUGGAAGAAAUGGAUUAUGCGCCUGCUGACUAUGAGAUGGGAGAAGUAGAAGAAGAUAUGUAUUUUGCUGGUCGAAUAAUGGGAGGAGACACAGAAUCUGAGGAUGAGGAUGAACACGACCAUUUGGACAAUAAGAUCACUGAUACUUCGGCUGCUGAGGCACGAAGAGGGAAGGAUAUCCAAGGAAUUCCAUGGGAGAGGCUAAGCAUAUCUAGGGAGAAGUAUAGACAGACUAGACUAGAACAGUACAAGAAUUAUGAGAAUGUGCUCCACUCAGGAGAGGAAUCAGAAAAGGAAUGCAAAGUAACUAGGAAAGGUGGAGCGUAUUAUGAAUUCUGGCAGAACACCAGAUCAGUAAAAUCAACCAUUCUUCAUUUUCAGUUGAGGAACCUUGUUUGGUCAACAUCAAAGCAUGAUGUUUACCUCAUGUCGCAUUACUCAAUUAUUCACUGGUCUUCAUUAAGUUCCAAAAAGACUGAAGUUCUUAAUGUCUCUGGGCAUGUGGCUCCGGCAGAGAAACACCCUGGAAGUCUGCUAGAAGGAUUUACUCAAACUCAAGUUAGUACUCUGGCUGUCCGUGACAAUUUGUUGAUUGCUGGGGGAUUCCAGGGCGAGCUUAUUUGCAAGUAUCUAGAUAGACCUGGUGUUAGCUUUUGCACAAGGACAACUUAUGAUGAUAAUGCUAUCACAAAUGCAAUCGAGAUCUAUGAUGGUCCAAGUGGCGCUGUUCAUUUCACAGCUUCAAAUAAUGAUUGUGGAGUGCGGGAUUUUGAUUUGGAAAAAUUUCAGCUUGUUAGACAUUUCUCUUACCCGUGGCCUGUAAAUCACACUUCUCUAAGUCCAGAUAACAAGGUCAUUGCUAUUGUUGGGGACAAUCCUGUUGGGAUGCUCGUUGAUUCACAAACUGGGAAGACUGUCGGGUCUCUUCAUGGACAUUUGGAUUUCUCCUUUGCCUCUGCUUGGCAUCCGAAUGGUUACAUCUUUGCUACGGGGAACCAGGACAAGACUUGCCGAGUCUGGGAUGCUCGGAACCUAUCAAAGUCAGUUGCUGUACUGAAAGGAAAUCUGGGUGCCAUUCGAUCAAUCCGUUUCACAUCUGAUGGCCAGUUCAUGGCCAUGGCGGAACCAGCCGACUUUGUUCACGUGUAUGAUGUGCAAAAUGGUUUUGAGAAAGAGCAAGAGAUUGACUUUUUUGGUGAGAUAUCUGGAGUCUCUUUCAGUCCUGAUACUGAAUCCCUAUUCAUUGGGGUGUGGGAUCGCACUUAUGGUAGCCUCCUUCAGUACAACCGAUGUAGAAACCAUUCGUACCUCGACUGCUUAAUGUGAAUCUUUAAUUACGCUGGCGAAUGGCGAUUGUUGAGGAGAAACAAAGGUGGCAUCUCUGUGGCCACUAAUUCACGGAAGAGGUCUGAAGAUGGCUCACUGUGUGCUGUAUCUUGGACCAACUGUUGUGUCAUCAAAUAACACCAACCGGUGACGGAGCAGUAAAUAUAAGGUGCCUUGAAUGCAUUGUGACGCUGCCUUAAGUUGAAUCAAGGCUAUCCUUGUCAUUUGGUGAUGUGUAUAUGAAAAAUUCAAUUUGUAACAUUUAACUCUUGUUUCUUUUCUUUUUUUCCUUUUUUUUUUUUUGAGUUAAAGAAUGCUGACUGCCUGCGAUUAGUUUUCAUUGUUUUUAUCCGUUACCUUACGUGGAAGUGAAGCCUCAAUAAAGGGUCAUCCCUUUGGGAAAAAA